GGAGCUCCCCGGAGAAGUCGGCCUCCCUCUGCGGUUCCCGGGGUGGUCUCUGGUGGCGGGCGUCCUCCCUGGCCCGGCGUGGGGCCUUCGCGGCCAUGCUCCUUCCCGCCAGCCCUGGACUAGUGAGUUGCAGGUGACUGAAGUUUCAAGCUGCAGAAUGCAUAGCACCCUACAAGGUUGGCCAUGAUGAACACACUGCAGUUAAAGGAGGCUAAGGUCCUGGAUGUUCAGUUUGUGGGAGAUGAUGAUGUUCGCAAUCACAUUUUUGAUAGGGAAGGAGGAACUAAAUUAAAGAAGGAGAAAGCUCAGCUUUUAGUCAAUCCACAGAAAAUAAUAAAGAAGCCAGAACGUGAAUUGGAGAAGAGUGACCAGGAAGUCUUUAAGGAUCAGAACUAUGUGGAAGUUUUGGGAAGAAAUAUUCAAGAAUCCUUGAAAAAUGGCUCUUCUGUAGAUAGUGGGAAUAAAGUUUAUUCUUUUCAACAUAGAAAACACUCUGAAGAGAUGGCUAAAUUAGCUUUAGAACUAGCAAAAAAGCCAAGAAAAAUUGUUCCAGUUAACUCAAAGAAUGUUCCUGAAAUUAUGAAAAACGCUCAGAAAAGCAAAGGGCACUCCACUUCUGAGAAAGUUCAGCUGGAGAACAAUAACAAAACUGAAUUUCUGUCAACACCACCUCGUAGUCUAAGAAAAAGAAUAAUUGUGCCAACGUCUCAUUGCGACAGUGAAAGUGAAUAUUCUGCUUCCGACUGGCUUUGGUAUGAACCUAUGACAUACAAUCCUUACUCUGAAGAGACGUCCUAUGAGAACUCAAUUCUGGUUAAACAGUCUGGAUCUCUGCCACUUAGUUCUCUGAUUCAUGUCUUACGAAGCCUUACCCCUAAUGUAAGGACUUGCUUUUCAAGACUUUUACCAGCAAUGUCGGGAGGCAUUCCUCGUGAACAGUGA